AUGACAAAUGUAUCAUUAAGACUUUACAUUGAAACUGACGAUGUUGACUACCCAGGAUUGAAGAGAUUAAAAUUACAGGGAAAAGAUUUAGAAAAUGUACCAGCUGAGUUAUUCAUGUUAAGAGAAUUACAAGUAUUAGAUAUGAGCCCAGAAAGACAACCAUCUUUAACUUAUAAAUUGUUAGAACUUCCCUCAGAUAUUGGUUAUUUAAUUAAUCUCAGAAUAUUAAUAUUGGAUACAAAUGAAUUGCACAGUCUACCAUCUGAAAUUGGUUCAUUAACACAAUUAGAAAAAUUAUCUGCAUCAAAUAAUCAAUUAAAAAGUCUACCUACAUCUAUGACACGAUUAAAGCGAAUUAAAAGUCUACAUUUGGCGAAUAAUUUAUUUGCUGAAUUUCCUAAACCAAUAUUGAAAUUAACGAAAUUAGAAUUCCUAGAUUUAAGCAGUAAUCAUUUGGAAUCUUUACCAUCAUCUAUAACCGAAUUAACCAGUUUAGAAAGCUUAUUAUUAUUCGACAAUCGUUUGACCAGUUUACCAGAGGAUAUUGGUGAAUUACGAAAUAUUCGAUGUUUAUGGUUAGGUGAUAAUAGACUGGAAAGUUUACCACAAUCAAUCGUUGAACUGCGUGGAUUAAUAUGGUCGCCAUUAUUAUCGCCAAGCACAACAGUUGGUGGGAACCCUUUAAAGGACCCACCGAUUAAAGUGAGUGUUUUCGCGACCUACAACCUCUUUCAGAUAUCUUUUUUAGUACUUGGAUAUUUCUAUAA